UGAUUUUUGUCGACGAUGAGAUGACAUGUACAGCCGAAGUACCUUGGAAAGAUGUAUAGUCUUCUUCACAAUGAGAUGACAUGUGUAGCCCCACUCAUUCCCACUUGACAAUUAAAAACAUCAACAAAGAAGACCAUAGGAAACAAUUUUAUGUAGCCAAACGAUUCCUUCCAGUCUCCAACGCAGAACCUCACCUGAAACCUCCUUCCACUUUCCUCUUUUUAUCUCCACAAAAUUUAAUCACAUCCCCCUUCCCUUCUAUUUAUAUGUCUUCACAUCACUCUCUCUUUUUCCACUCAAACCUCCCCCCCUCCCUCUCCUACGUCUACCAUUAGAAAGAACUGCAGAAGCUUCAAUUUGGACAAUUUCAAUAUGAACUGCAGUGAAAGUAUGACUUCUCCGGAUGAGGCUUCAACUUUGGAGCUUAUUAGCCAACACCUUUUCACUGAUUUUCAUUCAAUAGAUAACUUCAUCACCAACCUCGAUCUCUACACCCCAAACAACACAGAUCCAGAAAUUUCAUCCAAUGGUACACCGAAAUCAUCGACUCUGAGCAACCGUCGUCCUGCGUUGAAUGUCAAAGUGCCUCCUAAAGCACCAAUUUUAGUAAUUAAUAAUGAUAACGUCAAACAUGUGGAUGAUUCUGGUGAGAGGAAGCACUACAGAGGUGUGAGGAGGCGGCCGUGGGGCAAGUACGCCGCGGAGAUACGCGAUCCAAAUCGGAAAGGGGCGCGCGUGUGGCUCGGGACAUUCGAUACCGACAUUGAGGCUGCACAAGCUUAUGAUAGUGCCGCGUUUAGGUUGCGUGGAAGCAAAGCCAUACUCAACUUCCCUCUCGAAGUUGCCAAUUUGAAGGCGCAGCUGGAAGUGGAGGCUGAGGACGGCGUUUGCGGGAAGAGAAAAGCGGAGGAAACGGUGGUUGAGAUGAACAAGGUUGUGAAGAGAGAGAAGGUUGUGUUGGAGGAAAAGGAGAUUGAACCGGCUUUGACUUGUCAACCGUUAACACCGUCAAGUUGGACCGGGGUUUGGGAUUGUGAUGUGAAGGGAAUAUUUACUGUGCCGCCGUUGUCACCGCUGUCACCGUAUCCUGGAGUUUUGGUUGCGUAAGAGAGUGACUUUGUCAACAACAUUUGAUUAUUAUUUCAUUAAAUUUAAAAAAGAAAGAAAGAAAAGAGGCGUACGGAAGGGAAGGUUCAAUGGUUUGUUGAGUGUAAUUAGGAAAAUUAGUGAAGAUUGUAGCAACCCGCUUCUGGUGAGGUGCUUUGGUUGAUUUAUGUUCUUUGUUUGUGUACAUAAUUCCAUGAAAUGUAUUCUUAUGUUCCACGACAACACUUGCCCCAAUUUAUCACAAUAAAAUAGAAGUUUGAUCACAAAAA